AUGAAAAAGAUUCUGCAUUGUUUUUUAUGUUUUAAUUUCGCAGGCAUUUGCGAAUCAGAACCAUCAGGUUCGCGACCUCUUGCGACUAUUCGUGAAAGGUGGUUGGGAUCAGUAUUUGAUGAAGCAGAUAUCAAAAAAUGUGGUUGUUUAUCAGAAAAAGAAACGGUAGAACUAGUUAAACGACUUAAUCCACGAACAUUACUUUGUCGAGUUGAACAUGAAGUUAAAGAAGCAAGUGUAUUAAAUCCAGAUGAAUCGCAACGCGGAAAAAUUACUCGUUCGCAGUUUGUUGAAAUUUAUAAGGCCGUUGCAACAAGAUCCGAAAUAUAUUUCUUGAUGGUUCAGUAUGCUAAUAAAGAUUAUUUAAGUUGUAAGGAUCUUCAAGUAUUUCUAGAAACAGAACAAGGACUCUUAGGCAUAACAAUGAAAAUUUGUCAAUCAAUUAUUGAACAAUAUGAGCCAAGUAAAGAAGCACGUGAACUUAAUCAUAUGACUAUUGAUGGUUUUACCAAUUAUCUUCACAGUGAUGAAAAUCUCUUAUUUGAUAGCACUCAUCGAAUUGUAUGCCAAAAAAUGAAUCAACCAUUUAGCAAUUAUUUCAUUGCAACAUCAUUUAAUACAUCAUUAACUGAUGAUCAAUUAAAAGAACCAUUAAAUUGUAAAGGUUAUAUUGAAGCACUUCGUCGUAAUUGUCGAUUUAUUGAAGUAGAUGUUUGGGAACCAAUAGCAGGAACUGAUGAAAAAGAACCGAUGGUUCAUAAUCGUCGUAGUACCUCCAAGUUAACCAUAUCAACUGUCCUGAAGGUUAUCAAUGAAAUGGCUUUUCAAAGGACCAGGUAUCCAUUAUUUGUACGACUAGAAAUACAUUUAAAUGUUGAAUGGCAAAUGAUACUUGUCGAUAUGUUUCAUGAUACAUUUGGAGACAAAUUAUAUCAACCAAAUAAUGAUCCAAUUGAUUGGACAGAACGACGGCCAACACCAAAAGAUUUCCAAAUGAAAAUUAUUCUCAUCGGUGAACAACUUGUGGGAGUCGAGAGCGAUAUUGGUGAAGUGACAUUAGAAAAUGAGAAUUUUGAGGUGCAAUCCGGUGAAGCGAUUGAUUCUGCGUCGAAAAGUCCUAAACGAAUGCUUUUUUGUCGUAAAUUAUCAGAUUUAAUGUGUCCAUGGGCAAUCCCAGCUGUAUUCAAAGAAACGCCACUCAAUACAUCUGACAUGCCAAAUAAAAAUUGUCAACUUUUAUUAUCAUCUGAACAUAACUGUCAUAAAAUGAUACAAAAUUUUCCAUCAGAAUUAGCUCGAACUGCCAAAGACCAUCUGAUGCUUUUAACACCAAAUGCAUCGCGCAUUGAUUCAUCAAAUAUGAACCCACAAGAAUUCUGGAAUUAUGGUAUUCAAAUGGUAUCAUUAAAUUAUCAAACAUUGGGACUUAUGAUGGAUUUACAGCAAGGGAAAUUCUCGGAAAACGGUGGAUGUGGUUAUGUUCUUAAACCAUCGAUAAUGCGUGAAGAAGUGUAUACACCUGGAGAUAUUAUGCCGAUUCCACCACAGAUUUUAUAUUUACGAAUUUUAUCUGGUCAACAUCUUCCUCGACCCCGCGGAUCGACAGCAAAAGGUAAUUCAACUGAUCCUUAUGUGGUAGUAGAAAUUUUUGGUUGCCCUACUGAUUGCACCGAAGAAAGGACGAGAACUGUGAAGAAUGAUGGUGCUAAUCCAGCAUUUGAUGAAUCAUUCCAAUUUGAAAUUACUGUACCCGAAAUGGCAUUAAUCAGAUUUCUCGUACUCGAUGAUGACUUCAUUGAUGAUGAUUUCAUUGGACAAUACACUAUACCUUUUGAAUGCUUGAAAAAUGGCUAUCGUCAUGUACCGUUAUUGAAUAACGAAGGCGAAGUAUUGGAAAAUUGCACACUUUUCGUGCAUGUCGCGGUGACAAAUCGAUAUGGUGGAGGGAAAGCACGAAAGCGCGGAAUGUCAGUGAAGCGCAAAAAUACGCGGAUUGUUACGGGCGUGAAAUCGAUUGGCAUCAAAUCGGUGGAUGAAUAUUUCAAGCAAGCGAUUGCACCAUUAGCUGUAUCAAUUGAAAUGCGUAACAUACUCGAAUCUUCAUUGGUUAAGUGGCGAAACGAUUGUGGUGUUGGACCGGCUGGUACUAUACGACAAGGUUUACGACUUAUGUUAACGAGGACGAAAACUGCUGCAAUGAAUAUAUCACCUCCACAUUCACCGCACAGAUCUGAUGAUCCGACCGAAUUUGUGGAGUGUGCGCCAAGUUUUGCAAUUUGCAGCGAUGAGAAAACUUAUCCGAUAAUCGUAACACGAGGUAUAUUUCCUGCAGAGCUGCAAAAAACAUUCGAUUCAAUGUCUGAACUUUUGGAUAUUUGUGCAAAAAUACUAGUUAAUACUGAUCCAUUGUUGACAAAGUUAGAAACGGCAACGAAACGUAUCACCGAAUGUAACACUGAAUUAUCACAACUAUGCGUAAAUGCCGGAUUACACGGUGCAAAAGCUAAUCGAGCAGUGGAAAAUUUUGCAUGGAAUGUUCGACUUUUAAAAACACAUCUAACAUUGAUGAAUAAAACACAAACUGAAGCUAAUAAUAUUGUCAAACAAGUAUUUGAUGUUGGCUGUACACUGGGAAUACUAUCCGAAAAAUCCACCACUGAAAUAUGUAAAAAUCGUUUUUCACAUUCUCCUACCUGUUAA